GCUGAGCGAGCGGAACUGUUACGUUGACGUAUGACAACAAACUACUGUACUAAGCGAGCUAUCGUUGAAGUACUGAGAUGUAUCAUUUAAAAUGAUCCUUUAUUUCAAGGAUGAUGCCGAGCUCCUAGACAUGUCAUAACAUUUGCAGCCAUUACUUGUGCGACUAUGUUUAUCUACGUUUUUGUUAGUAGCUUGAGUUAGCUGUCUUGCUAACAUGUUCAGUUUGAUGCAUCCUGUAAACUUGUUUGUCUUUGCAUUGUUGAUGACAAUACCCAAUGCUGUAGGCUCUUCAUAUGAGAUCACAGUGGAUGUCGGAAAGCCAUCAGGACAUCUGAAACAUUUCUGGAGGAGCACUGGUUUCUGCCCCCCUCUUCCACACACCCAGUCCAACCAGUAUGACCUGAGCAGGGACCAGGAGCUGAACCUGGCCUACGUGGGCUCAGUCCCCCAUGGGGGGAUUCAGCAGGUUCGGAUCCACUGGAUGCUGGAGCUGAUCACAGCACACAUUGACAAAGGAGAACUCCAGUACAACUUUAGCCAACUGGACCAGCUGAUUGACCUCUUGUGGAUAAAUGGACUACUCCCAGGUUUUGAAUUGAUGGGCAGUGUGAACAACUACUUCACCAACUUUGAAGACAAAAUGCAGGUGGUGGAGUGGAGAAACCUGGUGCAUCUCAUUGCAAAGAGGUAUAUUGAGAAGUAUGGCUUGGGAAGUGUAUCUCUGUGGAACUUUGAAACAUGGAAUGAACCGAACAAUCAUGACUUUGACAACGUGACUGUGUCUAUCCAAGGGUUCCUGAACUACUAUGAUGCCUGUUCUGAGGGCCUGCGGGCUGCCAGUAGGGCCCUGCGCUUGGGCGGUCCAGGAGACUCCUGCCACACCCCACCACACUCCCCCUACUGCUGGGCUAUGCUGCAGCACUGCUACAAUGGCACCAAUUUCUUCACUGGGGAGACAGGGGUGCGGCUGGACUACAUCGCCCUGCACAAAAAGGGUGGAGGCUAUUCGUUACCCAUCAUGGAACAGGAGAUCCAGACAGUGAGAGAGAUCCAGGAGCAUUUCCCUCUCUUCCGAACUCUGCCAGUUUACAAUGAUGAGGCCGAUCCAUUGGUGGGCUGGUCCAAACCUCUGGCGUGGAGGGCUGAUGUGACAUAUGCAGCCAUGGUGGUCAAGGUGAUCUCCCAACACCAGGACCUGCUGUUGUCUGACCAGAACAACACCAUCAACUACACCCUGCUAAGCAAUGACAAUGCCUUUCUCAGCUACCACCCUCAUCCGUUCACCCAGCGCACCCUGACAGCCCGCUUCCAGAUCAACAACACCCAGCCCCCCCACGUCCAGCUGCUCAGGAAGCCUAUACUGACGGUCAUGGGGCUGCUUGCUCUGCUAGGAGAGACUCAAGUACUGUCUGAGGUUGUGGAGGUUGGGGGGACCGACAACAACACUGUGGGGAUCCUUGCCAGCACCCAUGACCCCCUCAUGUCCUGGACCUCUGACAGCUGGCAAGCCACUGUGCUGAUCUAUAACAGCGAUGACACCAGCACAUCUACCACCACCGACCUCAUUAGGGUGUCUCUCAAAGGAUUCACAGGACAGAAAGGACUUGUGUAUGUAACAUAUUACCUGGACAACAAUGUGACCAACCCAUCCCAGCUGUGGCAGAGCAUGGGCAGCCCAGACUACCCCACAGCAGAGCAGUUCAGACAGCUGAGGAACAUUGAGGAUCCUCAGGUGGAUGGACCUCUGCCCUUCCCUGCUGAAGGCAUCCUGACCAUGUGGGCCAAGCUCUAUGUGCCCUCUGUCCUCCUCAUACAUGUGUGUGCCCAGCCCAAGGCCACGCCAGACCAGGUGAAUGGAUUGCGAUUCAUCAGCAUCACAAAAAGCCAAGUUAUGAUUGUGUGGAAAGAUGAUUGUGUAAAUUCCAAGUGCAUUAAGACUUUUGAGGUGGAGUUCUCCAAAGACCAGGAAGAAUUCAAGAGGGUAAACACCCGGGAUACCAUUUUCACGUCCUAUGUAUAUUCACCAGAAAACCUGGAAGUUAGUGGUAGCUACAGAGUACGAGCUGUGGACUACUGGGGAAGAACUGGAGAAUAUUCACUGACUGAGAAAUAUUCAGAGGAAAACUAGAAGUUAACUAGUAUUUCCUACAUGGUACCAUGACUGAUUGUACAAAAGCAUAUUUUUUUGUAAAAUUUUUACUUUCAGAAAAUAUAAUCGGCAUUAUUGACUUAGUCUGAAAUGUUUGUUUACAUGGAAUAAUUUUUCCAUACAAAUAUUUUGUAAUUUCACAAUCAAUAAGUAAAUCUUACCAUUUUGAA